GUCGUCGGCUUGCAACGUUACGCAUCUGCCACUGCUCAGCCUAGCGGAAUCUUAAGAAGCACAGUUGAUGAGGUGGUCUACAGCGCAACAGGUAACUGAAUAUUCAUCACCAGCUGUCCUGCUAUCUAAUGUCUAAUAAUCUACACACAUACUGGAGUUCGAGCUUGCUAAUCAGAUGACUAAGCCAAGGCCCAUAUUUACUACGGAGCUUUUGACGAGCCCUCUGCAGUUGUCGACGAUCCACCAUGUCACCCACGGACGAGAUCAAAGUUCCUUUUUUCAAGAAGGGAAAAUCGAGACCGACAACAGCCAGGAAGAGGUCUGCUUCGCCACCAUCCAGUUCGUCUGUGCUGGCGGUGUCGGCGUCUUCAGCGACCAAAACUGAAGUUGUUCUCCCUGCUCGCAAAACGAUUGGGAAUAUUUUGAGUGCCGGCACGAAACGAACGGCUGCACAGAGACGUCAAGAUGAAAUGACCUUGGAUGAUGGCGAUUGCGAUUCGACCGCGAGAGAGGGUCCCGACGUCAAGUGGACAUCCGCUGGAUCACAUAUACAUACUGCAAUGGAAAUCAUUGCAGGGGACGAAGCCGAAGAGAUGGCGUCAAAGCGUCAAAGGAAAGAAAAGGAAGAGCAAAAUGGCAGUGACGAUGAUGCGCCCGACGACGGUCUAUACAGGGGGCAGAACGCGUACCGGAGUCAUAUAAAGAAGAAUCAGGAGGUGCCUAAGGCUAUGAGAGUGGGUCCACAGCGUAGUACGAGUACCAUCCGGACAGUCACGAUCGUCGAUUACCAACCUGACGUUUGUAAGGAUUAUAAAGAAACUGGUUACUGUGGUUUUGGCGACACUUGCAAAUUUCUGCACGAUCGGGGAACGUAUCUAGCUGGAUGGCAACUAGACAAGAUAGCGGAGAACCCUAAGAGACGGGCUGAUGAAUCCGAGUCCGACUCGGACUCCUCUGAAGAUGUCCCUUUUGCUUGCCUUGUCUGCCGGAAGCACUUCACGGAUCCAGUAGUGACUCGGUGCGGUCACUACUACUGCUCCGCCUGUGCCAUAAAGCGAUAUGCCAAGACCCCAAAGUGUUUGGCCUGUGGUGCACCAACAGGAGGCAUUUUCAAUCGCGCUGAUAAAAUUCUUGCGAAGGCCAACAAAAAACUCGGGGAAGACGGGGAACUGGAAGACCCUGAUACUGACAAGACUAGUACCGUCAAGAUUGAAGGCCUUGUACAAGACAAUGAGGACAAUGACAGUGACAAUUCAAGAGAUGACAAUUAGCAAGCUUCCCGUCACUGCCCACGGCGGCACAUUAUUUUACUCUUCUUGUAUUCUAGGUUGAAUCUGUUCGGUUGCCUGACACUGCACAGGAACACUAUCACUCUCACUCACGCUGCAUGUAUCAAAGCCUGUACCUACUGGCGUCUUUGGCAAGAUACUGGGAUAUGUAACUGCGCACGACUGUCUCCCUUCUGCAAUGCUCUCCGCCCUGACCCUAUCAGCCCUGUAUGGGCAUUGCACUUGCGGAGCGUAGCAGGG